CAAUGCCAAGCCAAGCUGCUAACUUGAGGAAAAGCCUCUUUGAUCAGGGAUACAUUGACGAUCAAUUCAUUCAGCUUGAAGAAUUGCAAGAUGAUGCUAACCCUAAUUUUGUGGAGGAAGUUGUCAGAUUGUUCUACAACGAUUCAACUAGGCAGAUUCACAACAUAGAAUUGGCACUGGGAAGUGGAGCUUGUGAUUUUACUAAGCUUGAUGAUAUGAUGCAUCAGUUCAAGGGAAGCUGCUCAAGUAUUGGUGCCAAAAAGGUGAACAAGGAAUGUUCAGAAUUUCAGCAAUACUGCGAUGCUGGAAAUAUUGAAGGCUGCAGGAGGGCAUUCCAACGAUUGAAGCAAGAAUAUUACACUCUUAAGACAAAACUUGAGACUUACUUUCAGAUGGCAAAACAAGGUUCUUGAAAUUCUGUGUUGUCAAAGCAAAACACGCCAUGUUUACACAUAUAAUUAUUAUGUAUAAAUAUGAUAAAAUAAGAAGAGUAUAUCUGUAGAUCGAUAUGCGCUUGCACGCACAUAUGGACUAUUAUUAUAGUUUAUGAGUAGGGUUGAAUAAGAGCAUUGACA